AUGGAUAGAGGAAAUCAAUCUGCAGUGUCAGAUUUUGUGCUUCUGGGACUUUGCCACUCUUGGGAUAUUCAGGUCUUAUUUUUAAUAAUAUUUUUUAUGCUUUAUCUGAUCAUUGUAUCUGGAAAUAUUGUCAUUGUACUCUUAAUCAUCACUGAUUCCCAUCUCCAUUCUCCCAUGUACUUCUUUUUGGCCAACCUGUCCUUCAUUGAUAUGUGGCUUUCUUCAGUCACCACUCCUAAGAUGAUCACAGACUUUCUCAGAGAGAAUAAGACCAUUUCCUUUGAAGGUUGCAUGUGCCAGAUACUCUUUGUGCAUUUUGUUGGAGGGGGUGAAAUGGUGCUUCUAGUGAUAAUGGCAUAUGACCGCUAUGUGGCAAUCUGCAAACCACUCCACUACUCCACCAUUAUGAGUCUGCAAAAGUGUAUUGGGCUGGUGGUGACUUCCUGGACCAUUGGCUUUGUGCAUGCCAUGAGUCAAAUGGUUGUAAUUGUUCAGCUGCCCUUCUGUGGUCCUAGGGACAUAGACAGCUUCUUCUGUGAUAUACCACUGGUCAUCAAGCUUGCCUGCAUAGACUCCUCUAACUUGGAAAUAUUAAUGAACGGUGACAGUGGGGUUGUUGCAAUGACCUGCUUUAUUCUGCUGCUGAUAUCCUACACAUAUAUUCUUCUGACUGUCCAACAAAGCUCUAAAGCUGGGGCAUCUAAGGCACUGUCUACCUGCACUGCUCACAUCAUAGUAGUGGUGCUCUUCUUUGGACCCUGCAUCUUCAUCUACGUAUGGCCACUCAGCAUUACCUGGGUGGACAAAUUUCUUGCUGUGUUCUACUCUGUUAUUACACCUCUCCUAAAUCCAGCCAUUUAUACCCUGAGAAAUAAAGAGAUGAAAAAUGCUAUGAAGAGAUUCAGAAGCUACUACACUGGUUCUAAUGUUAAUAUUUAA